UUUUAAAUGUGUGUGUGAUUGUGAAUUGUGAUAGUGCAAGCUCAAAGCUCAUGCUCUGCUUUGUUUAAACUAUCUGCUUUGAGUUAAUCAAACGCUUUGCGGCUUUUCAAGCUAGCUUUACUUAGUAAUUCUUCAUUUAAAUUUUAUAGGAACUAUAUUGUGAUGGCAAGCAACUCAGAGGAAUCGCAACAGUCCAUCGCCCAGAAAACAUGGGAGCUGUCGAACAACAUCAAAACAGUAAGCUCUGUCGAUGAAAUCUACAGAUAUGACCGAAAGCAACAGCAAGAUAUCCUCUCAGCAAAACCAUGGGACAAAGACCCUCAUUUUUUCAAAGACAUUAAAAUAUCUGCACUAGCAUUGUUAAAGAUGGUCAUGCAUGCCCGCUCCGGAGGUACUCUGGAGGUAAUGGGCCUUUUGUUGGGAAAAGUUGAUGCUAACACGAUGAUUGUGAUGGAUUCAUUUGCUCUACCAGUCGAGGGAACGGAAACCCGCGUUAAUGCUCAAGCUCAAGCCUAUGAAUACAUGACUGCCUACAUAGAAGCUGCAAAACAAGUGGGUCGAAUGGAGAAUGCGAUUGGAUGGUACCAUAGCCAUCCAGGUUAUGGAUGCUGGUUGUCAGGUAUUGAUGUGUCAACUCAGAUGAUGAAUCAAAAUUUUCAAGAACCUUUUGUAGCUAUUGUGGUAGAUCCAGUAAGAACUAUUUCAGCAGGCAAGGUAUGUCUUGGUGCCUUCAGAACUUAUCCUAAAGGUUACAGGCCUGCUAAUGAAGAGCCCUCAGAAUAUCAAACCAUCCCGUUGAACAAAAUAGAGGAUUUCGGAGUGCACUGUAAACAGUAUUACUCCUUAGAAGUAUCAUACUUCAAGUCAUCACUAGACCGUAGGCUUUUAGACUCUUUAUGGAAUAAGUAUUGGGUAAAUACCUUAAGUUCAUCUAGUUUAUUAACCAAUGCAAGCUACCUAACAGGUCAAAUAAUGGAUCUUUCCGAAAAACUAGAGCGAUCUGAGUCAUCUUACAGAUGUAGUUUCAUGUUUGGUAUCUCCGAUUCUACUGAAAAAAAGGCUGAAGACCGAUUAAUGAAAGCAACUAAAGAUAGUUGUAAAACUUCAGUUGAAAUUAUACAUGGCCUCAUGGCACAAAUGAUCAAGGACAGACUUUUUAACCAAAUACAAACUAGCAAUCUGUCAUGAGCUUCAUUUGAAUGAGAACAUAUUUGUGUCACCUUAAAUAUGGUAGCUCAAGUAAAAGAUUACAACUCUACCUUCUUUUUUAUGUUAUGAUAACAUGAUAAAUAGACAGUAGCAACUGAAUAAGUUUCUCUCAAAUGUAGAAUAAUGUAUAUGUUUGUAAAUAAUGUAAAAAAUCUAUUGAAGUUGAAGUCUGGGCCUAACUCAUCAUACCAUUAAAUUCAACUUUCUCACUUUUA